GGUGAUUGACUUGGUACGACAGUCUUGUCAUUGAACUGCAACUGUAGGUAGCGGUUGUACGAUAGCGAGUGUCUAUAGAUAAACUCUUGAUCUGUUUCCACCGUUAUCUCAAUAUAUAUAGUUCGAAUAUGCCUGGAAUGGAAAAACUACUGCGGGGAGUGCUUCGGUAUCGGAACGGGGUCAGACAAGAAUUCCCGCAAUUCGAACGAGUCAGAGACAAUCCAGAGCCAACAGCAAUAUUAUUUACCUGCAUGGACAGCAGAAUGUUGCCGACACGGUUCUGUCAGACCAAUGUAGGAGAUAUGUUUAUGGUACGAAAUGCUGGAAAUCUUAUACCACAUUCUGAGUUAUUUUGCGGUGACAGUUUGAACACAGAACCAGCCGCUCUGGAAUUGGCGUGCAUAAAAAACGACAUCAAUCAUGUCAUAGUGUGCGGCCAUUCAGAUUGUAAGGCAAUGAACUGUCUAUAUGGGAUAAGGAAUGUCACAUCUCACGACAAAGACAAAAAUCCAUUUGCAGCAUGGCUUGCCAAAUUUGGAAAGGCCAGUCUGAAUGCUUUUAAAGAAGUUGAACGAGGAUCCAAAAGUCCACUCAAGUUCACCGGUGAAACACCAAAGCAUAAUUUUGAAGCUUUUAUCGAUCCAGAUGAUAAAUUUGGUAUAGAAGAUAAACUUUCACAGGUAAAUUGUUUACAACAGCUCCAAAACAUUAGCUCGUAUGGUUUUCUGAAGGACCGACUAGAAUCAGGAAGAGUACGUUUACAUGCGAUGUGGUUUGAUAUUUACGCUGGCGAUGUAUAUCUGUUCAGCCGACAAGCAAAGCGGUUUGUGGAAAUAAAUGAAGAAACUUGCAAUGAUUUAUUAAAAGAUUGUGAGCAUCAAAAAUGUCACCCAAUUGAAGAUUAAAGAUAUUUGUUAUUCUUGUGAAAUAGAUUUGUUUUAAAUGAAUUACGGUUAAUAUAUGAUCUGCAGUGUUAUUUUAGGUUUGUUUUUUAUUUUUUAUAUUGUUUAUACUUAAUGAACACAAACUUCCUGUAUUUAUUAUUAUUUUCUACAUGCAAAUGUGGUUAGGAAUCCAGAAAGUUUGUUUGUCAAAUGUGACUGCUGUUCAUCAGAUGUAAACGAACAAGUCAUGUUGUACAUGACAAAUCGUAGUUGUGGUCAAGUCAAGUCUCAAAUAACAAUAUGAAAAAUAUUUUUUUAGUUCCAGGCAGUCAUAACCUGAAACAGGGACUUGUUGUUAUGGGGUUUGUCUAUUCAUAAGUGCAUCUGUCAGUCCACCUGGCAUAUUUCUCAGACAUACCUAGACCAAUUUUGUUUAAAGUUGGUACAAAGCAGAGGUGGAAAUUGGUGGUUGUCCCAGGUAACAAUAUUGUCAUGGGACAACCAAAUUUUGAAACCAGUUGCCCGAUUGGACAACCACACAAAUUUAUAUUGUGUAAUUGUUUGAAUUGAAAUUAUAGACAACUCCAUUUUCAUGUGGAAAAAGUUUUCAGCGAGGUUUUCACACUGGGCAAUCAGGUAAUUUUCCCUGAAAUAGGAGAGAUGUAUGCACCUUGACUUCAAAAAUCAGCAUUUGAAAUUGUCACAAACCAUUUCUCAGGCAUACUGCCUGAACCAAUUUCUUUCAGAUUUUGCAUUGACAUUACUAAUGCACAACUGUUUCUCAGGGAUUCCUGAACUGAUUUUAUUCAAACUCACUAUGAAACAUGUGUUAGAACUGCAUGUCAGACUUUGUGAUUUGAUUCAAAAUGGCCAACUGGCGGCCAUGUUGGUUGUUACAUUCAUGUACCCUUAACCAUUUCUGUGACACUUAAUUUUGUUGAAAGUAAGUACAAAAGACUAUAUUUAAUUAUAUGUAUGGUAUUUGCUUUUUAUUUCAAUCAAUGACCUAUGGCUAACUGGUGGCCAUUUUAUCCAAAAUAAAAAAAAAAAACAAUUUGCAUACGUCAACUGUCUCUCAGGCAUGCCUGGGCCGAUUUUAAUCAAAAUUGGUUUGAACAACUCAUUUGAUUGGUUACAGAUGCAUGUCAAUUCAAAAUGGCUCAUUGGCAUUCAUAUUUGUUUUAUUUUCAUGCGUGCUUAACCAUUUCUCAGAUAUGAUCUGAUCAAUUUUGUUUUUAUUCAGUUGAUUACUGAUGCACAUCACUUAUUUUUUUGCUAUUGGAUUAAAUAUAGCCCAUUUUAUUUGUGUGCUAUACACUUUCGUUGAUUUGGUUUAUGUUGUGAAUAUACCUCUCGGCUCCUUUGGGGUUUGGGUGAUUUUGUUUGAUCACAAUAUCAUUAAAUUGGCUCAGUCAUACCUGAACCAAUUUUAUUCGAACACUCACGUUUUAUUUUGUGAUUUGAAAAAUCAACUUGUCUAUGCAUGGAUUAUGCAAUUUUGAUAUACAAGAGCAAUGCCAGAACUGUGCUACUUUGAUUGAAAAAAAAAAUGGAUAAGGUGCCAUUUGAAGAACUGAUAACACAAUUUUUAUGGAAUACUCCCUGAGCAUUUAUUUGUCUUAUCUUCCACUUUCACGGUUUCAAUUGAGUCACUAAAAACUGGAUGGGGACUCAAUCUGUUUUUUGUGAGUGACCCUGAUUAACCAGAGUCCAUCUUGUUCCUAACAGUGAAAAUAAAAAACAAAACACCCAAAAAAUCGUUUUAGUGAAAAUUAAUUCCAGCUAAAUAAAGUAUUUCACAGUAUUAUCAACAACACUUAGUUUUACAAUUGUUCAAUAUUGACGUGAAUCUGAGUACUGAUUUCUGUAAUAUCAGUGAAAUGAGAAUUCUUUUCAUGUGCAAAAUUAUCUACCAUACUUCCCAUAGUAUAAGCUCACACCUGUUUUUAGACAUUUAACGAGUCGAGGGCACCCCCCCCCCCCCCCGGUGUUUUUACAGGCAUCGACUUACGGUACAUUUAUAAAAUAUGCAAGUAAUUGUUAACCUUUUUCACUACCCGUUCAGUCUAUCACAAAAGAAUUCUGUUUAGUCUACUCUAUCCUUCAGAAUAUUGAGACAAAAAUAGGCAAUUUAUUUUAGUAAAACUGAAACAAACAAAUUUGGGCAGGAAAGUUGAUGGAGAAAGGGUUAAUUUAACAGAUUUGCACCCAAACCUAUUCAGAUCUUGGAAAUGUUCCAUCUGAUGCUCGAGACACAACGUUCACAAAGCAGACUCUCUCAAAAAAAAACCCCACAUUUUAAUUCUUUCUAAGAUUUUAAUCAUGACAUAUAGCCAAUGUGAAAUUGCAUCUAUUUGGUUCAAAAUUAACAAAUUAUAGAGACUAUGCAAAAUGUUUCCCCAAAUUUGGGCUGGGAAAAAUAUCAGGCUCUACUCAUUUUGAAAAAAUUAGUUUCAGAAAAAUCAAUUCUUGGUGAAGCCCUAAUUUGUAUCAGAUGUUUGAAUGAAUAUCACAAUGACAAAUUCCAGAAAAUUUUGAAUUUAUAUUGAAUAUAAUCUAUCAAAGUCGGGCACUGAUUUUUUUUUUUCAUUCUUUUUAUCAGACUUUCAUCACUUUGUGAAGAUUUUAAAUUAUUACUUCAAGAUGGCGCAAUAUCUAUAAAAUUCAUGAUGCCACCAUGAGCAUGUACAAAAACAAUUACGCAGACUUAAUAUUUUCAUGAAAUUUGCACCAAAUAUCAGAAACUGUUUCACUAGCUAUUUAUUUUCCCUAUUUCUAAAGCACUUUUCUCUAUGAAUAAGAGGCUGAAUAGGACAGUUAUAAGCUAAAUAAGUGUUUGGCACAGAUGUUAUGUUUUUGCAGCAAGUCUGGUGUGUAACAUUGUUAAAUGAUGUUUACAUUAUAGAUCAUAGAGGGGUAUACGUUCCAUUGUUGGAUUCUACUGUAAUUGAAGUAGGGGCCAAUAUUAGCUUGUAAUUUGGAGGGGUGGAGGUCUAUUUUUGCAACGCCAAUGUUAAAUCCUACUGUCAUUGCAGGUUAGAAGCCAAUGUUAUAAUUGUUAUUUAUGCCAGCCAGCCUGCCUGUAAGAAGGAAAUGAAACUGGGGUCGUAGAUAAUAUUUGAAUUAAAGGGGAUUGAUUCCACAGCAAAUGUGAAUGACACUUUUGAGCCAGACGACUAAAAUCCAUUUUUUAUGAUACAUUGUAUUUGUGUGUAUUUAAAUGAAGAUAGUUCUGAUGUUAUUUAACUGACUGGUUUUGUUUGAAUAGUAAUUAUUUACAAAGACUAAGAGUACAGUAAAUGUAUAAUUUAAUUUAAUCCAGUGUACUGUGUGAACUAGCCUGAAAUGGCAGAAAACAAUUGAUAUGCUUAUGUUAGCCUAAUUUGUACAGCAAUAAAUGUUGCCAAAAUGUA